GAUAAACAAACAUCUAUUAAAAAAAUUCAAAAGUUAAGAUAUCCGAAAAGAAUACAAGAAGCAAUAAUUUAUAAUAGCAAAAAGAUUUUUGAUAUUGGUGAAAAAAUUAGUAGUUUUAACAUGAGAUAUAUUAUAAAAUGUUUACAUAAACAUUAUUUUUUAGUAGAUACUACGCAAGGGGGUGUUCAAUAUAUGGAACUUUAUGAUUUAAAAACUAAUCACUUAGUAAAUACCUUUCGGAGACAAAAUUUAAAUAAUUUGAAUUUCAUAAUAGAUAUUCCUGAUAUUUUUGCAAUUUCAAACAAUAACAAAUUAUUAGCGUAUAAAACUGGAAAUCAGGUUAAUUUAUACUUAAUAGAUUGUGGUCUUGAAAUAGCUUCUAUAACUCUUGAUAUUGGCGAAAUAUCUGUAUCGGAUCCUGAUUAUGACUAUCUCAUGCAAUUUUUUGAUCAAGAUGAGAAAUUAUUGAUAUAUCAAUUAGCAAAUAAAUGGGCUAUUUGGGAUAUUUUCGGUUCAAUACAAAGAUCAAUUAAACUCGAAGUUCGAAAUGAGUUUGAGUUUGAUCUAAAAAUUAAAAAUAUUUUUGUAGGAUCUGGUUAUCAAUUGAAGCGAUCAAAUUCAUUCAUUAUAAUUAUUAAGGAUAAUAAACCAGUAAUUUAUGAUGAUCUAAUCUCAGAUAAAUAUUCUGAAUUCUUAAAGAAAAAUAGUGACAACCAAAAUUUGGUAACUCUACCACUGGAACUCAAAUAUAACAAUAUUGUCUGGGAGAUUGAUAGUCAAAAAUCAGAAUUGGACGAAUAUUAUCACAUACUUGAACCUUGGCUACGUAUACCUUAUAAUCAAGGUCCACGAUAUUCGGUUUUUCUUGAUAAAACAAAAGAAAUUCUACUUUUGAUUGGAAGCUUUACUAUUCAAGUUUGGCGUGAACGAAAUAAAAAAAGAACUCUUGAAUUUAUUAGUGUGAUUAGUAAGAGUGAUGGGAAUGAAGAUGUUAUGAAUGAAAUAGAAGAAAUAAAGUAUGACGUCAGAAAAUUCAAACUGUCAAUUAUUCAACCUAAAAAUAAAAUAUUUGAAAUGGGAAUUGCUGACAAUGAUGUAAUCAAUAUCGCUAUAGAAGCUUGUCAUGCACUUAAAUAUUUAUAUAAGAUGUCUCAUAAACAUGAUUCAUCAUUUAUAUUUCAAGGUCACUAUGUAAAAUUCAAGAAAAUAAUUGAAGAAACGCGAAAUAUUAUUGUCAGAUUUAUUAAUUUAUAUCCUAUUACAUGGCGAUUAUUAGAUUUUCGUUUUAAUUUGAUGAGAAUUCUUAUCGAUGCAAAAGAAUAUUCUCUUAUAAAAUACAUAUUAUUUAACGAAAAAGAAGCUUCAGUCAAUGAAUCAGAAGAACGGAUUAUUAAAACCCUUGAUUUUGUAGCAUCUAAUUUGGAAACUAAAUCAAAAUAUUCACAAGAAAUAAAACAAAAUAAGUAUAGUUUAUUACAUGAGAAAUCGCUUCACAUGCCUUCCUUGUGGGAAAGUGAACCAUCCAGAAUUAAAAUAGCAUUUUCAGAAUAUUAUUCUAAUAAAGCAGUUGAAGAAAUUGGAUGGAUGAAUACUGUUAUUGAUAUUAUACCAAGGUUAUAUGAUGAUGAUCUUUACAAGUCUUACGUUCAAUUAUUAUUUUAUAAACCAUGCUUUUGUGCAAAAGAAUUGGAUGCAUCCUUUACUGAAUUUAUUGAAAUUCCACCAAGUACAAAAAAUUCUUUGAAAGUUUUUAUACCAAUAACACAAUUUAUUCCACAAGAUUCUAAACUGAAAUUAAAAGAGAUCAACCAAAAUAUAAUUUCUAAUAUUCGAAUGGUACCUUUAAUUGAUUUCACGACAAAUAAACGUAAAAGGCCUAUAGUUUGUCCUGGAAAAUUUAUAUCUCAGAGAGAGUACUAUAGCCCUUUCCUUAAACUUAUAAAAAAAAUCGAAAGUAAUGAUAAUUUCUACUAUAACCCAUCAAUGGAAGCUAUAAUGAAUUUAAUGUGGCAUUCAUCUGAAUUACACUGGCGACGAACUUUAUAUAUUUUUAUAUUAUAUUUUAUAACUUAUUCAAUUAUUUCCUGGACGUAUAUCGCACAUAUUCAAGUUACUGGUGAAUUCCAACAUAUUAUGAUGGGUUUAACCAUUAUAUUGUUUUAUUAUUUAACUUAUUAUCAUAUCAUGGUUGAAUAUAACCAACUACUUGAAAGAGGAAGAAUUGAAUAUUUUACUGAUCCUUUUAACUUAGUGGACCUUUUUGCUUAUUUUGUACCAUUAACUGUUUCUACUUAUGUAUUGGUUCAUUAUUAUACUUUUGAAAUUGGAUUUAAAAAUGCUGAAAGUAGUCUGUAUAUGGCAUUUAUUAUUUUUAUUAGUGUUAUAGGUAUUUGGUAUGAACUU